AUGCUGGCUGGCCAAUAUAGGCUUAGACAGUUAGGAAUCACUACGUUGACUCAUCCUGCACGACUUUCAUCUGCAAUGAAUCAACUGCCAGAUAAAACAAUUGCUUUAGCUGUCGCAUCACACAUUGCGAGAGAACUGCAAAUAGCACCAUGGAAUUUGAGUAGCAAUUUUGUGGCCUGUACGAAAGAGGAUGAAGAAAAGAUUGAGCGUCUGGAAAUUACUGAUGUUGGUAACCCUUCUGGACAAGGUCUAGGUUUUAGUUAUGAUUGUCCGAAUCCGCCGCACGGCACAACAGCGAAACAAUCAGAAUUCCCCAUUUUUCGUCGAGAUCCAAGCACAACCAAGGCUAACGAGGAAAAUCAAAACGAAGUUAAGAAGGCUAAGAAAAAAGCGGGAGGUAGUGUAGCACUCCAGUAG